AUGGUAACCAAGUGGGUGCUUUUAAGGCAGUUUUCGACCCAAGUGCAACACUCGUUCGUUACCACUCCAAUUUUCUACGUCAAUGCCGCACCACAUAUUGGACACCUGUAUUCUUCAGUAAUAGCUGAUACAAUUCAUCGUUUUCAUCGAUUAACGCUGGGCUCCCUUGUACAAGGAGAUUGCCUUUUAAGUACUGGAACCGACGAACAUGGGUUGAAAAUUCAACAAGCUGCAGUUAAACAUUUAACAUCUACGGAGGAUUACUGUAAUGCUAUAUCGUCCAAAUAUCGUAAAAUGUUCGAUAGAUUUCACAUUGAUUAUACACGAUUCAUACGAACCACCGAUAUGGAUCAUCGUUAUGCAGUUGAGGCAUUUUGGCGUUCACUAGUUGCAUCGGAUAGCAUAUACUCGGCAAGUUACGCUGGCUGGUAUUGCGUGCCAGAUGAAACUUUCCUUACCGAUAGCCAAUUAAAAGAAAAUGAGCAAGGUGAAAAGUUCUCUCUAGAAUCGGGACAUCCGGUAGAGUGGACAGAAGAAGAAAACUAUAUGUUUCGAUUGAGCCGCUAUCAGGAUGAUGUACGCCAUUGGGUGAAGGGACUUGGAGAACGUCGCAUACAGCCAGAUAAGUUUCGUAGAAUUCUCCUCGAUUAUUUGGAAGAACCAUUACCCGAUAUUUCUAUUUCGAGACCUGUACAUCGAGUUUCCUGGGGUGUCACUGUGCCUUCGGACCCAUCGCAGACGGUAUAUGUGUGGCUUGAUGCGUUGGUAAAUUAUCUUACUGUAGCAGGUUAUCCCAAUGAUAGCUUCAGAUCCCAUUGGCCACCCACUGUGCAGGUGUUGGGAAAAGAUAUUCUCAAGUUUCAUGGCAUUUAUUGGCCUGCAUUUUUGAUAGCGGCAAAACUCGAACCUCCACAGCAGCUUCUGGUUCAUUCGCAUUGGACGGUAGAUAAUCAGAAAAUGUCCAAAAGCAAAUUCAACGUGGUCGACCCGAAUGAACGGGCGGAUCUGUACACUUAUGAAGGAUUGCGAUACUUUUUAUUGCGCGAAGGUGUGGCGCAUAGCGAUGGCAAUUACAGCGAUACGAAAGUGCUACGGAUAUUGAAUUCGGAACUAGCUGAUACUCUAGGAAAUUUACUUUCUCGUUGCUGUGGAAAAGCGUUAAAUCCAGCUUCCGUUUCUCCUGCACUUGAUUCCGAAGCAUUUGAAAUACUCCAAAAAAUCGAUGCCACGAAACGUUUGUUAGAUGCACUGGAGGAAAUGCCUGCCAAAGCUUACAAUCAUUACAAACAAUUCAACUUUUACCUUGUGGUAGAUACUGUUAUACAUCUUCUUCAUACAGCAAAUAAUUUCUUCGAAACAACUGCGCCGUGGAAAUUGAAAAAGAGUGAUAGUCCCAAGGAUCGUGCUAUGAUGAGGACGAUACUGUGCGUCACAAUAGAGGUUCUCCGCCAAGCAGGGAUCGUAGUACAACCGAUUGUGCCAGCUCUGUCAAAACAGUUGUUGGACAAGCUGCAUGUAUCCAUGUCAGCUCGACGAUGGGACGAUUUGAAAAUUUCUUUUCGAACAGAAGAUGUUUCAUUAAGCCAAGAUGAAAGCAUACUUUUUCGACGCAUCAUAUUCCCUACCGAUAACGCAACGGACAUACAACAUCAAGAGAAACGCUCACUAAAAAAACGAAAGCAAACUACUUGA